UGUCAAAAUGACGUAAAGGGAAAAGUGACCAAAAGUUUUUUCUUUGCAAUAGAAAUAGGAUUUUUACGCUAAAACAUUGUGUAAUUAAAUUGUGAAACUCAUCCCAAUAAACCUGGUAGACUCUAGAAAGCCAACGUGGCUCAUAUUAUGUACAAUUUUGUGAAUUUUCGCUUAAAACUGGGCUAACCUAACCAGUUUGGUUUUCAGUGGAGAGUAUAUUGUUAUUUAUCGUUUUUGUUGUAAUCGUGCGGUGUUAACAAGUGUUUGAGUGGUUUCUAUGUAGGUCAUUAGCAUAUAGAGUUCUUUGUACGAGUGGUCAACGACAUGAGAAUGACUUGGAGUGAGGCCUGAUUGAAAACAUAGAUCUUCAGCAGACAACAAGAUGGAGUCAGCUAAUGAAGCCACUGAGAUGCUGGAGAAAAAGAAAGAAGAGCCCAGCCAAGAGCUGGUGGCGGUGCGGGUCCCGAUCAAUGGCAUGACAUGCCAGUCGUGCGUGAAGAGCAUAGAGGGCUCUGUAAGCGAGCUGCCCGGCGUGCAAUACGUUAAGGUGGAGCUAUCAGAGCACGCGGGCUACUUCCGGUAUGACCCGCGCGCGUGCUCCGCUGCCGCCAUCCGCGCGCACAUUCACGACAUGGGUUUCGACGUGCCGGGCGAUGACGAGGCCAGAAGUCUCCUACCAAAGCCAAUACCCACCGAUCUUCUGAUAGACAUGGGGACGUCAAGCGAAGAGAGCGAGGUGGUGCUACACGUCACCGGCAUGACUUGCCAGUCGUGCGUCAACACCAUCGAAGGCACACUGAAAGAGAUGCCAGGAGUCGUAUCAGCGUCCGUAGACCUACCCUCAGGCAUAGCGAGGGUACGCUCAACGCUGGCGGUGACUCCGCAACAGAUCGCUGACGCUGUUUAUAACUUGGGCUUCGACGUCAGCAUCAAUGAAACAAAUUCUCAGAACAACUCCCAAGAAGGAUCUGGUGAUAGUGCCAAACCACCAACACCUGUUAAAAGCAAAACACACGCAAACGGCACAGCGUCGCCCAUGGCAGACAGACAGACAGAGCCAGUUGAACUGUCCUGCUGCACGCUGGAAGUGAAAGGCAUGACGUGCGCCUCCUGCGUCGCUGCUAUAGAGAAGAGCUGUUCCAAGCUGUAUGGCGUCCACUCAAUAGUAAUAGCCCUUCUAGCAGCGAAGGCAGAAGUCAAGUACGAGCCGGCAAAGAUUUCUGCGGCAGACGUGGCUCGGUCCGUCACCGAACUUGGAUUCCCGGCCGAGGUGCGAGCCGACUGCGACGGCAGCGGGCAGAAGGAGAUGCAGGUUCUGAUCAAAGGCAUGACGUGCGCGUCGUGUGUCAACAAAAUAGAGAAGACUGUGCUCAAAUUGCCCGGCGUGGUUUCUUGUGCAGUCGCGCUCACAACUUCCAAGGGCAAAAUAAAAUAUAUGGCGGAGCAGAUAGGCCCCCGGAGUAUAUGCGACGCGAUCAACUCCCUCGGCUUCGAGGCUUCGGUCGUGGGACCGAGAGAUAGGGGCACUACCCACUACUUGGAGCACAAAGAAGAAAUUAAAAGAUGGCGGACGGCGUUCCUCAUAUCUUUGCUAUUCGGCGGGCCCUGCAUGGUGUCCAUGGCUUACUUCAUGGCGCACAUGGAGCACGGGCACAUCGCGGUGCUGCCGGGCCUCAGUCUGGAGAACCUCAUCAUGUUCCUGCUCGCCACGCCUGUGCAGUUUGUGGGCGGCUGGCACUUCUACAAGCAAGCGAUCAAGGCACUGCGACACGGCACCACUAAUAUGGACGUACUUAUAUCAAUGACUACCACUAUCAGCUACGCCUACUCGCUGGCGGUGGUGAUAGCAGCCAUGGCGAUGCAGCAAGACACGAGUCCCAUGACAUUCUUCGACACGCCUCCCAUGUUACUGGUGUUUGUCUCGCUGGGCCGGUGGCUGGAGCAUAUAGCCAAGGGUAAAACCUCCGAGGCUCUCUCCAAGCUUCUCUCCCUGAAGGCUACGGAGGCGGUGCUGGUGACGUUAGACGAUGACGAAAAUGUGGUCUCUGAGAAGAGCAUCCCUAUUGACCUGGUGGAAAGGGGGGAUGUGCUCAAGGUGGUCCCUGGAGCCAAAAUACCCGUGGAUGGCAAGGUGAUAUCUGGCCACAGCACGUGCGACGAAUCUCUCAUCACGGGCGAGUCUAUGCCAGUGCAAAAAACUAAAGAUUCCCUAGUAAUAGGCGGCAGUAUAAACCAGAACGGAGCUUUGUUGAUGCGAGCGACUCAUACGGGCGAAGCUAGUACCUUAGCACAGAUAGUGCGACUGGUAGAGGAAGCGCAGAGCAGUAAGGCCCCCGUGCAGAGGCUGGCUGAUAAUAUCGCUGGCUACUUCGUCCCGCUGGUGAUGUUUCUGUCGCUGCUGACGCUCGUCUGCUGGAUCAUCAGCGGCGCCAUCAACAUACAGAACAUAAAGAAUAUCACGCCGGAUAUGUACCUAAACAAGUUCACCCGCUGGGAGCUGAUCGUCCAAACGGCUUUCCACUUCGCGCUAUCCGUGUUAGCGAUCGCGUGUCCCUGCGCGCUGGGGCUGGCCACGCCCACCGCCGUCAUGGUGGGCGCCGGCGUGGGCGCCGCCCAGGGGCUGCUGCUCAAGGGCGCCGAGCCGCUGGAGAACGCGCACAAGGUGAAAACAGUGAUAUUCGACAAGACCGGCACCAUAACCCGGGGCAGUAUGGCAGUGGCCCACGUGUCGCUUCUAACCGGUUCAGCCAACACAUUACCUGACGUGGUCGCUUGUCUACUGGCUGCUGAGACCAACUCAGAGCAUCCGGUCGCUGCAGCAAUAGUGAAAUGGUGCACUUCAGUACUAGGCGAGAGCACUCCUCUAAAAUGCGUGGGGUUCGUCGCAGCACCAGGCUGUGGACUACGCGCUAGAUUGAGGACGAAAAGGGACCAGAGUGUGGAUAUACCUUCGUUGAAAAACGUGCUGAAUCAAGCCAAGGUGGGCAAUUCCUUCGAGCUACACGGCGUGUGCGUCCAAGUGUUGGCCAGCGACGGCGAUGCUGCCUUAAGUUCAGCGCAGGCAGCUGCCAGGCUGCACACGCUGAUCAAGACUGACAAUGAGGGAGAGGAAGUGGAGCAGGUGGUGUUGAUAGGCAACCGGAAAUGGAUGAACAGGAAUGGGGUUCCCGUUCCACGUUCAGUCUUGGAGGCUCUCUUGAGGGAUGAGGAGUUGGGAAGGACAGCAGUACUGGCUGCUAUCAACGACCAGCUAGUGUGUACAAUAGGCAUAUCAGACGAGGUGAAGCCCGAAGCCCAUUUAGCGGUGUACUGCCUCAAGAAAAUGGGCUUAGAAGUAUGUCUGCUUACGGGAGACAAUCGCAAGACCGCCGUGGCUAUAGCGCGACAAGUCGGCAUUAACAAGGUAUACGCAGAGGUGCUGCCCUCACAUAAAGUGGCGAAAAUACAGAAACUGCAAGAACAGGGACAGAAAGUUGCUAUGGUUGGUGACGGCGUGAACGAUUCGCCAGCGCUCGCGCAGGCAGAUGUGGGAAUCGCCAUCGCCAGUGGAACCGACGUCGCCGUAGAAGCCGCUGACCUAGUGCUCAUGAGGAACGAUUUACUAGACGUAGUGGCGUGCCUCACUCUCUCUCGAGCCACGGUGCGGCGCAUCCGACUCAAUUUCAUCUUCGCCUCAGUAUAUAAUCUGCUGGGAAUCCCGCUGGCUAGCGGCGCCUUCGCCGCCUAUGGGCUGCAGCUGCAGGUAAGAGCUAGAUAG